GCCAUGGUUGCAUUUAACGCGUUUUAGUAUAGCUUCCGAUAUUCAUUCGUUUUGCCAACUCUAUUAAAUUUAAUACACAAUUGACCGUCUCCUCUCCGGUAUUGUAAACAAUAAGCCGCUCGAUCGGGAUCCGGGAUACAAUGGACACCUGCUUCUUUUGCGGUGCCGUCGAGCUGAGCGACGCGGGCUCCUCCAGUUCGAGUUCCACGCGCUACGAGAAGCUGUCGGCCAAAGUGCCCUCGUCGCAGAAAACAGUGUCUUUGGUGCUCACCCACCUGGCCAACUGCAUCCAGACGUCGUUGGACCUGAAGCCCAGUGCCCGCCUGUGCCCACGGUGCUUCUUGGAGCUGUCCGAGUACGACACCAUCAUGGUAAACCUGAUGACCACCCAAAAGCGGCUCACAAAUCAGCUAAAAGGCGCCCUAAAAUCCGAGUUUGAAGUGCCAGAAUCGGCGGAAGACCUCCUGGUGGAGGAGGUGGAGGUUCCCCAAAGCGACACUGAAACAGAUGCCGAUGCCGAGGCAGAGGCCCUGUUUGUGGAGCUCGUUAAGGAUCAGGAGGACUCGGAUACGGACAUAAAAAGGGAGUACGAAGACGAGGAAGACGAUGAAGAUGAUGAGGAGUUUGUCUGCGAGGUGGAGGUGGCCGACUCCGAGGGCCAAUUCGGCAAGUCCUCAGAUGGCGAGGACAGGCCGAUGAAGAAACGCGUCAAACAGGAGUGCGCCACUUGCGGCAAAGUCUACAACUCCUGGUAUCAGCUCCAGAAGCACACCAGCGAAGAGCACUCCAAGCAGCCCAACCACAUCUGUCCUAUUUGUGGAGUUAUUCGACGCGACGAGGAGUACCUAGAGCUGCACAUGAACCUGCACGAGGGAAAGACGGAGAAGCAGUGCCGCUACUGCCCCAAGAGCUUCUCGCGCCCGGUGAACACCCUGCGCCACAUGCGCAUGCACUGGGACAAAAAGAAGUACCAGUGCGAGAAGUGCGGCCUGCGGUUCUCGCAGGACAACCUGCUCUACAACCAUCGGCUGCGGCAUGAGGCCGAGGAGAAUCCCAUCAUCUGCAGCAUAUGCAAUGUGUCUUUCAAGUCGCGCAAGACCUUCAACCAUCACACGCUCAUCCACAAGGAGAAUCGGCCAAGGCACUAUUGCUCCGUGUGCCCUAAGUCAUUCACCGAGCGCUACACCCUCAAGAUGCACAUGAAGACCCAUGAGGGCGAUGUGGUUUACGGCGUGCGGGAAGAAGCGCCUGCCGACGAGCAGCAGGUGGUCGAGGAGCUGCACGUAGAUGUCGACGAAUCGGAGGCGGCCGUCACCGUCAUAAUGUCCGACAACGAUGAGAACAGCGGCUUCUGCCUCAUAUGCAACACUAACUUCGAGAACAAGAAGGAACUCGAACACCAUUUGCAAUUUGAUCACGACGUAGUCUUGAAAUAAUCUACCAUUACCUACACAAUAAGUAAUUAUAUCUCCCUAGUUUAUUUCCUUUUCUUUGUACUUGAAUAUAUUUUACUGGUAUUCGAA